UGUUCUUUCAAAGGUUAAGAUUUAAUUAAAUAUCAUAAAAAGUUCCAGUUUUGGCUCAGCUUCUUGUUUGAUGGAGAAAUGAAACCAGAUGAUAAUAAAACAAGUAAAUGUCACGUUGGCUCCCGUUGUACUUCAUGUUGAAAUGUCUGAAUGAUCCUGCUCAAAUCAGCAGAAACAACGAACCCUAAUUUAUAGAACUUAUGAUCUUGUGCUGCCUUUUAAAGACAGUCAACAGGUGGUUCUGGAAAUGGGUAAAGGGUGAAAAUUACGCCACGCAAAAAUUGAAAAAGAGCAUGUGACAAAAGCCGAACACGGGGAAUAUUUUAUAGAAAAGUCUUGAUGCAGAGAUUUCUGAGAUAAUAAAUAAUAAUGAUAAAGAAAGGUUUGUGCAUUCUCCGAACUAGCAUGAGAACACAGAUGCGGAAGCCCUUCACACAUCACUGUUCAGUGUCUAAAACAGACACCAAACUACAGGGCAGCCGCCACACAGGAAGUUGUUUUAGGUUACUGCAGUGGGCUGCUCAACUCUGAUAGGUAACACUCGAGUGCUUCUGUCUGCACAAAAGGAGCAGGUGAUUACCAGAAGCACAAACCUAAGAGGGGCACUUUUCUAGAAACUCUCUGAUGCAGAUGUGCUUUUUGUCUUCAGAAAAAUUAGCUGCAGAGAAGGAGUUUGCUGAGAUAAUGUAUAAUGGAGCCUGAGUAUGAUGUGGUGGAUGACCAGGAGGAAGUGCUCAGAGUGCACAUUCUGCCUGCGAGGCCUAUAAUCGAAGACCAAGCGUAUGCAGACAGGGAUUGUUUGAGGCCAUAUCCGAACCAGAGUGUUUCAUCAGUCUCCACUCGUAGGACCCCGCCCAGAUGUCCAACCCAAGAGGUCCGAGUUCCAGUCACAGGUCCUGCUAUAAACAGAGAACUGAAGCCGGGGCGACGAAAGACCAAAUUAGAUAGGAGACCAACACCUGCAGAGACAAAAGAACACGUAAACAUAUACUUUGAUUAUUGCUAUAAACUGAGUGAUUUAUCUCUCAUUAACUAUUCCUUUUUUCUCUGUUUGUUUUUCAUUUGCCAGGCCUCACAAAGGUAAUUACUACUAAUAAUAAUAGUUGUAUUAAUUAUGACAUUACGGAAUGAGUUUAUGUGUGGCAGGUGUUCACCUUUUACCUCAGAGUUACCCAACAAAUUUAGUGGAUUUGCUCUACAAGAGCCGUGCAGCAAUGAGUGAGUACAUGUUUCCUGAUUCUUCUAUAUGGUAGCUGUUUGCUCAACUGGUCAAAAACCCAAUGUCACAACCAGUACUGUGUAGCGGUGCUGCCAUCUGCUGGUUACAUCCCAGGAUUGCAGAUGCAGCUGUUAAUCAUGUCAUACAUUCUUCCUGUUUCAGCAAAGAACCAAAGAGCUGUGAAAAAGUAAGUAAUCAAACAUUCCUAACCAACCAUUAUAUGGGUUCAUACUUUACUGAAAUUAUAUGAAGUGGUCCUGCAUGGCUUCAUUAAAGGUAUUUCAUUGUGUCUGUGAAUUUAAACUUUGUUCCAGAUCAGUGGUAAGAAGAAGAAAAUAUCAUUUCUAUAGCACCUCUCAAGAUAAAAAUCAUGAGGUGCUUCGCAAAAAUGUAAAAAUAUAAAAAGCAUUUAGAAAAUGUUUAAAAAUGUAUUUUAAAUGAGCAAAAAGAGACAAUUAUGAUAAAAAAUGUUAAGAAAGAGAGAGAGUGAAUAGGAAAGAGGGAAAUCAGUGGAUCCUGAGGAAGGUGGAAUAGGUGGGGAGAGCAGAAUAAAGAGAGAGUGGUGAAGAAGGUCCUACAAAAGCCAGUUUGAACAAGUGAGUCUUCAGCUGCUUUUUAAAGGAGACCACUGAGUCCACUGAUCUCAGGCUCUGGGGGAGAGAGGUCCAGAGUCUGGGGGCCACAGCAGCAAAUGAUCUGUCACCUUUGGUCUUUAGCCUGGUGCUGCACAACCAGUAGGCUUUGAUCACUGGACCUCAGGGACCUGCUGGGGGUGCAGGGACUAAGAAGAUCACCAAUGUAAAAUGGUGCUUGUCCAUGUAAGGCCCUAUAGACCAGAACCAGGAUCUUGAAAUGAACCCUGAAGUUGACUGGCAGCCAGUGAAGCUGGAGGAGAAGCGGGGUGAUGUGGUGUGGUAUAACAAUUCAUUCAAGAGCCAUGGUGAAAGAACUGGCCAAACCAAGGUUUACAAAGUGGCCUGUGUGUAGGGAGAGACAGAAACAAUCAUAUAUCUGAGUGCAGUUUCUAAGUCUUCUCUGACUUUACAAACCACGUCUGCUUUAAAGGAGAAAAGAGAUGAGGAACCCUAAACUUCAGACAUCUCUCAGAUAAACAUCAGCAGCUACCUGCCAUGAAAAUAAAGUUAGGAUAUCUAUCUUAUCUUCUCUAACAGAUCUCACAAUAACUAAACCAGAAAGACCAACUUCAUGGUAAAAUAGGGCAACAAAUUGUUGGAUUUUAGUCCAUGAUCCGGUCCGUGGCUGGUUGCAGCUCGGUCAGAAACGGUCUGGUCCAAACCUUCCUGGUUGUUUACUCACUGGGAAGAGACGCCCAGAGCUUUUCAACUAUCUCAACCUUGGCAACUCACUUUAACUUUAAUACUUAAUACAAUACUUCAAUUAAAACGAUUUAUCUUGAUUUAAAUAAAAAAGCAAAUAAAAUAGUACAAGGUCAAGGUCAACUUUAUUUAUAUAGCACCUUUACGGUUGCUCUAGCAACCCAAAGUGCUGAAAAAAACAAUGCCAUGAAAUCAAACAUGCUCCAGUAAAACAUUAAAAAUUAUGGCAUUAAAAACAAAGGAUAUGAUAAAAACUAUGAAUAAAAGGAUGAGUGUAAACACAGACACCAGUUUAAAAUAAGACAAGAUACAACAAUAAAACUACAAAAAAACAGAUAAAAGAGAAUAGAUACACAACUCAACUACUAAAAGCCAAGUCAGAUAAAUAAGUUUUUAGUUUUGACUUAAAAUGCUCCAUACUUUGAGUGGUCUUCAGUUCUAUGGGCAGACUGUUCCAGAGCCUAGUGCCAGCCACUGAAAAAGCUCUAUCUCCACGGGACUGUAAACACAAGCCUGAGUACAAGCCUAAAUACAGGACUUCCCAGCUCUUUGGAUGUUUCCAAAAGAGUCCCUCCUCAUGGCUGACAUCAUCUAGUGCACGUGGGGGCAACUCACUUCUUUGUCAGGGCAAUCCCUGAUUGUAUUAAAAACGAAAAGACUAUGUAGACCAUGACUGCAUGAUGCUAUAUGAGUAAACAGUGAAUUAUGUGGUGUCUGCGCCUGAUAUAUGUGACUGUGUAAGUUUUAACUAGUUUAUUGAAGGUCAGAUAGAACCGUGAAGCAAAAUGACCUAGGACAAUUAAUGCACAAGUAAUGCAGCAAAAGCAGGUUCACUGAGAAACCACUUCAUUAUUAUUAUAAUUUUUUUUUUAUUAUUAGUAACUCUGAGUUUAACAUGCAGGCUGAACAUGUCUCUUACCCUUAUUUCCUGCAUUAGAUUCUGAUAGAAAAUAGACGGAAAAUCGCUCAUUAAAGAAAAGCCUGACAGAUCUACGUCACACUGUCACCAAAAACAUUCAUAGACUCACCCAUCUUGAUUCACAACAGGGAAUUGUUGUUGGUUUAGCAUCCAGGAAACAGCAGAGAACAUCUCAGCUAGUAGAAGUUAACCAUUAGCAUUAGCAACACAACCACACAGUGGAACUCCUCCAGGCUUGAGUUAUUUGUGGAGAUAAAACCUCAACGUUGCAAAGCAAACAGAGUCAGUGAUAGAGUUGCAUUGCUGUUAGACAAUCAGAGGCAAAAUGUCCAAAUAUCAGGAAAUAAGACUCCAAAUCCUGCCAUCUAAAGAUACUUUCACCUCCAGCUGGGUUCUCCAUCCUCAAACAGGAGCAUCUGGGCUUUUUUCCCCCAGAGAAUGGCUUACAAGGCAUUCAUCCAUUAAGAGAGUACUGCAAAUGUAGUAAAACUAUGAGUGAAGUUGACCUUUAAGGUCACGGUAAAACCCAGCAACACACACCUUCUUAUCAGAAUAAAUGGUCCUAGAUGGUUUCAGUUAAUGAAAACUGUUAAAUGGUUUAAAUCUUUCAAUACAACGAUUAUACUUAAAAUAAUUUAUAUAGUACAUUUGCACAUACUUUUUAUGUAUAAAAUCAUUUUGAAUAGUUCAUUCUAGAUUUAUUUAAACAUAGACAAUACAUACAAACGGCAUUACACAUUAGAACAAAGCCAUUAACUUUGCAUGGAGGUCUUGUAGACUAAAGCCAACUUGAAAACCCAAUCUUUAGAUGGAUUUAGAAUAAUAACAUUGGUCAUCUCACACUUACACAAAAAUAAAAAAAACAACAAUGAAUAUUAGAUUAGCCAGAGCACAUAGGGGAAGAAAACACCUAACUGCAGCUAAAUAAGCUAGUUUGUUGGUGUAAUGUGUCUUAAUAAGUAUUUUCUUCUCUUUGAAACUGAAAACAUUUAAUCUCUAUGUACGGCAGAUUACAGUAUCUGAAAAAUAUGUCAGUUAAAAAUGAAACAAAAGCAACAAAGAGGCUGAAAGAUCUGAUCCAUCAUCAGUCAGUGGAUCCAUUUAUAUUUAUGCUUUUGUCUAAAGCGUCUUACAAAUUUCCAGUAUGAAAAGUUUACAGCUAAUACCCCUUACACAUGGUGUGUUGAUGUGUUCAGCCACCUUUUGUAAAUUCAACAAAAGAGUGAGUCAGUAGAAGAAGCUAGACUAUAACUGCCAUUUAUCUCAAACAGCUUUGAGGAGCAGAGAGAGAGUAUUUUAGGAGAUUGGGAAUGGGUUCAAGAGCAAUAAACUGACUAAAAAGAAAUGAAUAAUAAAGCAUCUCAGUGCCCAAUAAAACCCUAUGAAAGACCCUCAGAAGGCCCAGAAGGUCUCUGCUCAAUUCUACAUAAAAAAAUGUACAGAUACAUAUUUUUUGUUUGUUAUUUUUGCAGUAAAAUAUGAAGAAAUUUGCAUCAGGUUUAACUUUUGUUUAAAAGCAUAAUGUGAUUUUUUUUUCUU